AUGGGUCGGCAUCGAAGCUCAUCGUCAUCAAAGCCGACCCCCACCUUACGGAAGCUUAAAGUCGUCAAGGAGGGUACCAAGAACAUCCACAUCAUUCUUGUGCCUGGCGUAGGGACCCUUGCUUGUGACGACUGGUCCUUCUACCGGCACCAGCCCUGGAGCGACUUCUUCGCCUCACUGGACACCGGGGUUGCCAUUCACGGUUACAAUCAUGGUGUGUCUCUGGAGGACUGCUUCUCCUGGCAGCAGCUCCUAAACGAGGGAGAAGAGUUUCUCGAAAAGCUUCAAACUUUCGUAGACAAACACAGGGUAAUCGUUACUUUCCUCUUUUUUGCGCUAUUUGCUAAGAAUAAUAUCAAGGAACCGAAACGUCUGCUGUUUAUUUGUCAUGGCCUUGGCGGUGUCAUUGCCAAAAAGGCGCUGUGUAUCGCCGGUACGCGUAACGCCCGGUGCUCCCACCUCUUGACCACCAUAGCUGGCAUUGUGUUCCUCGGUACUCCGCACCGCCUCGAAGGAGCGAGCGAGGGCGAUUUUGGUGGUCGACUUGCCAGCAUCUUAAAGCUCGGUAAUCUCACUAGAACUACACUAAACCGUCAGGCUCUCGCACGGCUAAGAGACGCCCGCGUGAUGCUCGAGCUGGCGGAUGAUUUCGAAGAGACGAAUAUACGUGUAGAGAUGCUGUCAAUCUUUGAGAAGGAAUUGACUGAAAUAAAAGACCACAGGCCUUUGAAACCCAAGACGAGGAAGAUCAUUGUUCGACCCCAAGUCGUCGACGAGCUUUUGUGUUCUAUUGGGACAAAUAUGGAAAGGAAACUCGGCGUACAGCUUGACCACCUCCAACUUCCGGCGAUGCGUGAUGAACAUGGGAGUUCAAUAUCCCAGAUAAGGCUCUGGUUGAAAUCCAUCAUCUGCCCACCAAAUGUACAGAACCAACCUAACAACAGAGCUCACAAUGUGCAAAUUCUACCGGCGGACAUGAGCAAUUCAACCCGACAGGCUGCCAGAAACGGAGUCUCUGGCUGGCCAGAGCCUAGGGCGUCCUCUCACGUUAACGCUGAUUCAAGCCCAGAACAACAAUCUAUCGAGGCUCUCCUGGAGAACUUCUCCGUGCAACAACUUGAUCCCGGAAUACCUUGUUUAAUGAUGCACGCCUAUGCGAGGAACAAGGACUUCUACGGAAGACAAGAUGUUCUAAGCAAAAUUGAUGAUUGGCUUCUUCCUGCAAAUGACCAGAUGCCACCUUCACCGCCCGAUCGAAUACACGUGGGAAUACUAUGCGGCAUGCAUGGUCUCGGGAAGACAGAAAUAGCUAUCGAAUAUGCGUUUACUCGCGAAGCCCGCUUCGACGCUGUACUCUGGAUCCGAGCCGAUGACUCUUCCAAACUUGAAUCAGACAUUGCUCAAAUCGCUAUCCGUUUGGGCAUCCAGGACCCCAACGAGCCAGACAACCAGGUCACCAAUCGAGGACUCGCUAUUGAGUGGCUACGCAACCCAUUUAAGAUAGAUCAUAGUACUGGGGUGCGUGUACGCGCUUCCUGGCUGGUCAUUUUCGACAAUGCCGACGAACCUGAUAUCCUGGCACCGUAUCGUGACAUCGCUCAUAGCGGUGCAGUCUUGAUCACUAGCCGCAGCCCCCUCUCGAAGACCAGUUUUUCGCACCAUGCAAGCUCUCUCGAUGUUCAGACUUUCGAUGUAGAAGAUGCUGGAUUGUUUGUUCAAAAAUAUACGGAGAUUGAGGGCCAUCUUGAAGAAGCCAGACAGGUUGGCGAUCGACUAGGUGGCCUACCUCUUAAGCUAGCCCAGAUGGCUGGUAUAAUUAGGCUUCGAUUUCUGACCUAUUCUGACUUCAUGAGGAUCUACGAUGCCGAAGAGAUUCACGAGAUGGAGGUUCAAUCACCCCGAAAGCCGGCUCGUGGACAGAUUUCAACAGUCUUAGAGAAACUGUCGGAUAGCGCACGAGCAAUUUUGGAGGUUUCAUCGUUUUUGGAUCCAGACAGCAUCCAGGAGGAGCUCUUAACAACCCACGCUACUAAUGUAGACAUCCCCUCGUACCCCAAGAACGUGGGGGCGUUUUUCAUGGCUCGGGGGCAAUUGAUCGGAUCGUCCCUUUUCCGCCAUAACCAGGAGAAGGCUGAGUAUUGGAUACAUCGCUCAACGCGGGACGAUGUGCGUGCACAAAUUGAACCCGAACGAAAACGAAAGGUCUUUUCAAAUGUGGUCACCAUGGUCGCAGCUGCCUGGCCAGUUCAAGAAGUCGAGGGUCAUGAUGUCACACUAUGGGAUACAUCAAAAGCACUCUAUCCACAUGUCCUCAGCCUGGAGGACGCUUACAAGAAAUACUUCAAGCAAAAGGAAUAUCUUGACGGCGACUUUCAAUUUGCUGAACUUCUCAAUCGUGCUGGAUGGUACAAACACGAACGCGGUGAAUCCCCUAUCAUAAAACCUUUAUUGGAACUGGCCCUGGACCUCUGCAAUCGCGGUACAUCGGUCGAUCACCAAGACUUGGAAUCCGACAUCCGGUACACACUUGGAGCAGUCGCAAGCGGGACGAAUGACGCAGAUGGGAGCAUGAUGCAUAACAAGCGAGUCCUCGAGAUUCGCUUGGCCAUCGCAGAAGGAAGAGGCACAGUUGACGAGAAACUUGCCAGCGCUUACAACCAGAUGGGCAUAUCGUGGGUGAUGGCCGGCGAUUACAAGAAGGGGGAAGAACAUUUUGCGACGUCUGCGCAGACGUACGAGAAUAUCCCGGACUAUACCAAGGACAAGCGCUCAUUGGCCCUCGUGAAUCUUGGUUUAACGUACUGGCUCCAGGGAGACUUGAAGCAGGCGUCGGAUGUGCUAGAGACGGGCCUCGCAGAUCGAGAGAAAAUAUACGGACCCAUGGACAAACAUUGUUUCCGGACCGGUCGCUUCCUUCAGGCACUCGGAAACGUGCGUUUCUCUCAAGGCCGGCUCAAGGAAAGUGAAGAUUUUCAUCGACGGGCCCUCAAGCAGUAUCAGUCUACCAUCCGCAACCGCCAUCAUCGAACUGCAGAUGUCUGCCACAAGAUGGCACAGCAUUGCCUUCGCAACGGGCUUCUUGAGGAUGCCAUCGUGUUCAUCGACCAAGCCCUCAAGAAUUGGAGCGUUGAUCCAGAAAUAUAUGCUCCUGAGAUAGCGCGGACAUCAUUCCUGAAGGCUAAGGUGCUCACAGAAGCUGGGCGGGAGAAUGAUGCAGCAAAGUUGUUCCAAGAGGGAGCAUCCAUGCGACACAAGAUCACGAAGGUGUGGCGAGACAGCAAGGACCUGCGAGAGGAGGACUUUGAUGAAUUGGUCACAUUCUGGUCAAAAUAA